UCAACGUUGUCGGAUUAAAAAUUUAUACGAUCUAUGCUUGACGAUAAUGUUUAAGAUUUAUCACGAUGAAAUUAUACAGUGAUACAUUAUCGUCCUACCUGCAGGAUGUUCCUAAAUGUUCAACUAAACUUGAAUAGCGUAUUCUAUUAAUACAGAUCAUACAAAUUCCUUAAUAUUUAAUUACUACUAUCGUUCUUAUCGUUAUGCGGUAUUCGGAUACAUUUGUUUACGAUAUACGAGCAAAAUGAACGUUCGAGUUGUUUCGUGACUAUAUAAUUCUCAGUAUCUAUGACUGAAAAAAUACAUUUGCAGAUUUUUAAACGUUUAAUAUUUUUUCUUUGGCGCAAUUAAUAGAAUAUGUACGUUAGUAAAGUCCGGUGAAGCGUUUCAGGAACAGCCUGUAUUCGCUCGAGUUGCAACGUAGAAACUGAUCCUGUAUGUACGGGACUGGACCUGUUAUCCCCUCCAUGCAAUGUUACGAACUACGUUCGCCAUAUCAUUGAGCGUGGUGCUUCACAAUAUCAACCGGUAUAUCGAGAAUCACGAACAAUUUCUACCGCGAAACUACACAUUUGUAAAUGUGGCGCCUUUUAAAACACAAUAUCAUUGACUUUGCGAAGAUAAUCACAAAGUUGAGUCGAGAAAAGAAAGUGUUAAAAGGCACAUCAUUGUAUAAAGUUUGGUUGAACAUGGAUGCUAAUUUGUGUGAAAAAAAUGAGAUGCAAGUGCAAGAAGGUGUUGUUACAACUCCAGACAUUUUAUGUGAAAAAAAUAAAAAAACACAGGUAUCUAAUUGUCAAUGUAUGAUCAAUGAUGAAUUGACAUAUACACAAACAAAAGAAAAGGUAGUACGCACAGAUGCAACAAAUAUUUCUACCAAACCAAAGAAAAGUUUGACUAAAAUUAAGGUGAAGAAAUCCAAACCUGACGGGGAAUCAAGUUACGACUCCACAAAGUUAGAGGAUAGCCCGGCACAAGUAUUAGAACGAUUUAAGCGAGGAUGCGAAUGUCAAGACGAUCAGUGUUUUAAAGGGUUAAAUCCUGAAACUGUGUAUCGGCAUAGAUUGAAUAUCGCAGAAUUAACAAAGGCUGAACACGAUAUGUAUUUAAUGGGUGUUACUAUGGCUUGUUUGACAAAUCCGUACGAAACAGCAAGACAUACGGAACGACGUAGAUUACGUGCACAGUAUGUGUAUCAAGGUCGUAGAGUCUGUUUAGAUGCUUUUUUAUAUUUGGAAAACUGUACGCAUUAUCAAAUAAAAAGAAUUAGGAAACACUUAAUGACUCAUGGCGUCACGCCAAGAGUUCAUGGCAAUCAUGGAAAGAUUCCGCACAACACAUUUUCUUUAGAUAUUUAUAAAAUUGCGACAGAAUUCUUAAAAAAUUUUAUUGAAUUGCAGGAAGCAAAACAAAAGACUAAAGUUGCUAAAAAUGCACAGUUACACCUUACAUCGGAUGUUACUCGCAAAGUAGUGUAUGAUUUGUACAUACAGUAUUGUAGGAAAAUGUCACCUAAUAUUAAAAUAAUGGGGUAUUCGACGUUCAGAAGAUUUAUGAAAGUUCAAUUUCCACAAGUCAAGUUUGCAAAAUUAGAAUUUGUAGUUAGAAAUCAAAGUGUACAAAAUCAAGGGUGUAAUAAGACUGACUCGGAAAAGAAGGAACCGAUCGAUGAAAAAUUGCCUGAAUCAGCAGACUUAAUAACAGAGGAUGGUGCCUUAUUACCUUUAUUAAUUGCUAGUGAAACGGGACAAAGUGAUACUUAUUUUUUGACACCAGUCAGCAAAUUACAGGAUGGUAUGAGUUAUCAGAUAACUACAAGUGGGCUUCUAGUCAAUAAACCGGCAUUGCCUAUCACUCUAACUAAAGUAAAUGCUAUUUAAAAACAGAAGUCUUUAUAUUUAAUAUUUAGAUAUGAUUAAGAAAAUAAUAUAUGUAAUAAUAUAUACAUAUACAUGGAAAAUAGAUAUCUAAGCGAUACUUUAAACAUCACACUUUAUAUCG